AUGUCUAAUACAGAAGAUUUUAGUGAUUCUGGUUCUGAAUAUCAGCCUAUUCCUGGAGAAAUUCAUACAGAAUCUGAAACAGAUACAAGUUGUGACGAAAAUAUUAUGAUGCCGUCUAGUCUAUCAGAACCUGGAACAUCUAAAUCUAGAAAAAGGCCAAUCAACAAGAAAAAUUGGAAAGUUAUAAAAGAAAGUUAUUGCGUAAUAGUGGAAAAGAAAAUGAAAGGCAAGAAAUGUUCGAAUCAUUUUUGGAAUUUAAAGGACUUUAAUCAGCAAAAUGCCUUUCUAUAUGCAUUAGUGCAAAAAGCAUCUGCUAAUAGAAAACGACCUAAAGAUCUGUCACGAGCAGGAAAAAACGUUUCGUUUAAGUAUUUUCUCAAAUCUCAUAUUAUGACACAAUUGGCACCGCACCAGGAUACAUGUAAGACUUGUGAUAGCUUGAAUUUUAAAAUUAGAGGCACCGAUGACGAGAACGUGAAGAAAGAGUUUGAAGUUCAAAAGGAACUUCAUCAAAGAAUGCACUGGACAAAAUCGAAACAUUAA